AUGGAAGCUCAAAGUAAACCAAUAUCUGGACGAGCGAUUGCUAUAGCACAUACGUCUUUCAGCAGUGCUGCUUUCAUCUCUGCUUUAAUUGUAGGCUGCUAUUUCCACUAUCAGAAACUGUGUCGCAACUCGGUUGCACGCUAUCCUGUUGAAUGGUUUCCUAGCGUCUCUACAACUAUCGGAGAUUUUCAUCCUGAGCGAUCUGUGUUCCAGCUACUGAUCGCGACGUGUGCAUGUCCACGUUUCAUCACUAUCUUUCUAAAUUGGAAGGAGUGCGAGAAGAGCUCGAAAGCUAUUGCUGAUACUCAUGCCAUUCUCGGCUUAAUUAGGACCUUCAGUUGCGGCGGUUGGUCGUUUAUAACUUCUACAGACAAUAGCACAGCUCAUGAUAUCUUUAUGCUUAUUUAUAUCUUGAGCAACAUCAUUUAUAUGCCGCUUGGUUUCUCUCUCACUCGCAAAAAGUCACUCAGAAUCGUCAGAGGAUUGACGUCUUUCUACUUUAUCGCAAGCCUGUUUCCAAUGUUCUACACUUACUUUCAGCAUAAAACUAACAAGAUACCCGGAGCUUAUACCACAUACGCAUUUUAUGAAUGGGGUCUUAUUGCCGCCGAUGUCAUCUUUGAUUCAGUAUUCAUCUCCGACCUCGCAAACGUUUAUAUUCACAUGUGCAAUUCAAGUGAACCAAGUAGCUUAAAUUUACAGGAUGAUUCAACCCAGUCAGUUGAUAACAGUCAAGUCAAAGCAGUCACCACUCAAUUAUUCAGACAGUAUCACUGGUUCAUGGCUUUAAAUCCAAGAGUGAAAAACACAAUGAAAAUAUUAAAUUAUAUAGCCAACACCGUGCUAUCAUUGAUCUGGUGGACCAAUUUCACUGCUCUUCCACUUUGCAUAUUCUAUUACAGCGUCUGGUCUUUAUCAUUUGCUGGUCAAGAAGGAUUGAUGUUAGUAACUCUCUCAUCAUCGCUUGUCACGCUUAAGGGUGUGCGCGUCUUUGCUUCAUCAUCAAAUGGAAAGACUGUGCUUACUAUGUUCUCUCUUCUUGGAGUAUUUGCGUCGAAGCUUGAAUUCCCUGUUCUCAAAUUAGCGGCGGUCACCAUGGCUGUUAUUGCUCAGACCAUCCAAAUUUCAUCUGAAUGGUACACGAGCAAUGACGAAAACUGUAUCACUUAUCUUGUCCUUGGGUUACUCUUGCACUCAGUCUCGAAGCUGAUUGCAAACUCAAAUAAUCCAUUCUGGCCAAUAAUGAAUAAUUCGAACGGUGGACACAUUUAUCUUGGACUGAUAUUGGGAUUUACCGCUUUGAUUGUUCGAAGAUAUAUCGUGACAUCUGUCGUUGAACUUAACAAUACAAAAUACAAAAAUGAUCACAACUGUUAUCUAGUCGGUGCUGGUCUCGGUAGUUACAUUUGGGCGCUUCAUACUUAUCUAUCAGAUCCAUCUACACUGCUCAGCUGGAGCUGGACAGGUUUUCCAAUCCAAGGACCACAUCCUAUUUACCACUCGACUGUUAUAGUUGUUGGGUUUGUCAUUGGCAUGCUCAGUCCCAAGCUUUUGGCAACUUCGAGAGUUUGGCAUUUCUUUGGAACAUGGUGCCUAGGGUUGUGCUAUUAUUAUGAUGGCUGGGUCAGCGCUGGUGGAGCCUUCGGAUGUGCCAUAUUUUAUCCGUCACUUGCGACUACAGUAUUUAGUAGCAUUAGGGCCUAUACGCCAGGAAGAACAUUAGGAGCUGUAUUCGGAACCUACACGGUACUUGUUGUCGCUCACACGUUUACUGUGGCAUACGAGUUCGUGCCCUUGGGAUUUUUGCUUCGUGAGCGCAGUCAUCUCGUAAUGAUGACAGCAAAUAUUAUUAUAUGGUGCUCCCUUCCUAAAUCUAAUGCGCGAACAAAUAAUUUUGAGCGUAAUGGUUUAUUUAACAUUUAUGUCAAGGUUUUACUGCUCGGUACAAUCAUCGCUUCUCACUUAAUACUUAAACAUCGAUCAGAAAACAUGACAACGAUUAAACCAUACCACGCGGAUCAGCAAUUGAUUACUAGUGGAAUUUGGACAGUGCAUUUUGGGAUGGAUGAUGCAAUGCAGGAUAGUCAAGUACGGAUGCGAGAUCUUAUCCGCGAAGCUGAAGUUGAUGUCGUUGGUUUGCUAGAAACUGAAUUGCAAAGUAUUGUCUUUGGUAAUAGAAACAUGGCCCAAUAUAUUGCAGAGGACUUAGGCUAUUAUGUAGAUUAUGGUCCACCUAGUCACAAGCACACUUGGGGAGCAGUACUUUUAUCCAAGUUUCCAAUUUUAGCGAGUGAACACCACCUUUUGCCAUCUCCACAGGGAGAGCUAGCACCGGCCAUUUUUGCUGAACUAAAUGUCUAUGGAAAGACUGUUCAUACUAUGGUGUCUCAUAACGGCCAAGAGGAAUCACCUCUAGAUCGAGAACUCCAAACUACAGAAAUAGCACGCAUCAUAAGCAAAACUUACCCAGACCCUGUAUUGUUCUUGGGAUAUUUGGUAACUAAACCCCACGAAGAACGCCCUGCGCCUUACAGAAUAUUAUUUGAAGACGGUCAACUACUAGAUGUUGAACCUCUAGAUAGGCGGAGGUGGUGCGAGUAUAUCGGUUAUAGAUCAAUGAGGAAGGUAGCUUAUGCGAGGAUAAGUCAUAGCUCAGUCACUGAUACGGAAUUACAAGUCGCGAAAUUCAAGUUGUACGAACCAGACGAGGUUUACCAUCCGCAAUACGACUGGUACAAUUUUCUUGAUGAGAAUGAUGUAGCAGUUGAACACCGAUUUUCAAAAGCGUUUGAGGGAAAAGGUAUGAAAGGCCAUAAACAUGCACUCAGCAUACCUAUAUAUUACCAAGAAGCGGCAAGUUUCGAAUAG